GAGGGCGAUAUAUCUAAACAUGGGCGCCGAAUUUCGGGAGACAAGAGUCCGUGUGUACUCUGUCGUCUUGAAAAUAAACUCAUAUAGCCUACAUAUCAGUUGUGUUUGAUCAUGAAAGUUCGAAAAAUGCCGUAAUUUUUUGCCAAAUCGUCUGAGAAGAAAGAUAACAAUGACUACACAGUGUGUUCAGGUGAAGUUGGAUCUUGGUCAUCGUGCAGCAUUCCGCAAGACACCAACGCCUGAGGGUUUCACGCAUGACUGGACGGUGUUUGUCCGUGGCCCAGAUGGCAAUAACAUCCAACAUUUCGUGGAAAAGGUCAUAUUCUUCUUACAUGAAAGCUUUACCAGGCCUAAACGAGUGGUGAGGGAACCUCCUUACUCAAUUACAGAGGUAGGCUAUGCUGGCUUCCACCUGCCAAUUGAGGUGCACUUCAAGAAUAAAGAGGAGCCGAAGAAGGUUGUCUUUGAGUAUGACAUGUUUCUCCAUCUUGAGAACUCGCCACCUGUCAAUCAUAUUAGGUACGAGAAGCUCACGUUCAGAAACCCGACCGAGGACUUCAGGAGGAAGCUGUUGAAGGGUGGCGGGGUUGGAAUCCUCCCUGAUGCACCAGACCUGAACCCUGGAACUUUUGAAACUACUACCACUACUUCAGAGGAGACCACCUCUUUCCCCGUUCACACCUUGGAGGUGCCCAAGGUGAAGGGCAAACCCCAUGCUGCUGCAAGUAACGCUCUUGCUGCAAAGAAAUCCAAAGAGAAAAAAGAAAGUUCAAGCAGAAGUCCGGUGGCCACAAAGCCAAGUAAAGGAAAAGAACCCAAGUCCAUUACACCGAAAGAAAGUAAACCUAAAGACCCUAACAAACAGAGUGUCAAACGUCAGAGUAGCACCUCCUCAGUGCCGGAGCAAGUCAAGAAGCGCAAGAAGAGUUCUUCUGGAUCCAAAAAUGGUGAAAAAAGCGAAAAGAUAAGUUCUAGCGAGAAAGUCAAAUUAAAGGAAAAAUCUCAAAAAGUUAAACAACCCAGAGUAAUAUCAAAUGAACCUUUAUUUAAACCAGAGGCUGUACUUGAACGCAAGAACAAAACAAAACCAGAACCAUUGAAGAAGGUACUGCCACCGUUUGAGGCAGAACUUAGCACUGAGGAGAUAGAGGACGUCCCCUCUCCAGGUUCCAGCACAAGUUUCUCGUCAUUUCCGAAUAAACAAAGCGGGGGCGCACUUAAUACGCUGAUGCAGGAAUUUAUGCAAGAAUCUGACAACGAAGAUCUAGACGAUAGUAGCGAAAUUGUCACUACACCCUUUCAAAGCGGACCUUAUAAGGCAGCGUUGUCUGAUGACAGUGACAAUGAAGAACCAGCACAACUGGAGUCCCCAGCACCAACGCCUCCACCGCCACCCCCAGUUGAGAAACCGAAGGUCGUUCAAAAGUCGAUUAAAAAGAAAGCAACUAAUGGUAAAAAGAGUAGAGUCAGUGAAAAGAAAGAACGGACUGACAUUAAAAAGGUCAAAACGGCUUCAAAUAAGAAGUCGGAUCUCGAUGAACUAACUCAUCUUCACCAAAGGUUGAUGAGUUUGCAGAACCGUGAACAUUUACAAAAAGUGGUUGACCUCAUCGAGGAGACUGGCCUCUUUCAAAUUACUACCUCAACCUUUGACUUUGAUUUGUGCUCACUUGAUAAAUCUACAAUACAGAAAUUACAGAAUUGCAUUGAAACACUUGUAAUGUGAAAAGAGGUGUAUUAUAGUCCCCAGUGGAUCAACUCAUAAUUUGUGUGCUAUAUGUGAGUUUUGUAAAUUAUUCAGUGCUAUAUACAACUGGCACAUGUGUCCAUGUAUUCAAGAAUUGUUGCUAUGUUUGUUUCAUCCUCCGCGCAGAGCAUGGUACUUUCUAUAACAAGAGGUCAUGGUUCUUGUUUCCAUUGAAUUGGUGGUAGCCGUAAUGCAGUAUUCGCGGUUUCAGCAGCUGAAAUGAAAGAAGAGAAUACAAACUUUCACUUCAUUUGCAUAUUUAUAUUUUCAAAUACCAUCUAAUUAUAUUACAAUCAAAUUUGUAGCUGUCUUUAAAUUAUUCAUUUAUUUGGUAAUUUGCGUAUAAAGUUAGGAUUAAUCAUUUCUAUAUUUUUUUAAAAUAAUGGAAUUUCUCCAAUUUUAAAUGCUUUAAUCCUAAAAAUACAAAUUGAUUGAUAAAUAUAAUUUUAAUUGGAUGAUUGCAUUUGUAAAUUCAGUUUAAAUUAUAUGGUCAUUGCUAGUUAAUAAUGCAAAAACAAUUCCUAGAAAUCUCAAUCAUUAUCAUAGUCACUGAUCUACCCCACAAUUCUUCACUCAGUUUUAGGCAUUGUGGGGAAGCCAGGUAAGUCUAAUUGCUGCAUUGAAUAUUAAUUUUAAUUAAGAUAAUGAUUAAUUAUUUUCCAACAGUAUUUAUAGAAAGUUGAUUUGCCAUUUUUGUGUGUUCUCAGCAUUGCCAAAAUUAGAUGUAAGUACAGCAUCUGGAAUGCUGGACUUUAUUUUUUAUUCAAUUUUAUAUUGGUUUUUAUUAAAUUUAAUACAUUUAUUUUCAACUAAAAUUUACCUGUGUUAAUUCGAAAAGGUGCCCUUUUCAAGGAAGCCGAAUUUAGAUAGGUUUUUAUAUAGUAUAGAUUUAUUGAACUGAACCUUGUAUUCAUAAUAUUUUGAUAAUUUUGAAGGUAGCUAGACCAUGGAUCAAAUUUGAAUACAGUCACUCCUGCUUGAGGAUCAAAUUUGAAUACAGUCACUCCUGCUUGAGGAUCAAAUUUGGUAGUCUUAUGCCACAUAUCUGUAACUUGAUUCAUGUCUUCACAGCCUUUUCAUUGGUUUGUUGUUGAGCUUCAUAGAGGGUCAAAUGCAUUGGGCUGAUUUGGGGUGGUGGCUCUGAUUGAGGGGCUGAUUGGGGGUGGUGGCGGUGCUCAUUAAGUGAGGGGGUGGUAGGUCGCAAAAUAUGGUAUGAAGUGGUUUUUAACUACUUGAACGUGAUGAUGGGGACUACUUGAACGUGAUGAUGGGGGAACAAGCUUUUGUGGGUGGGGGUGUGCACACCAACUAGGUACGCCACUGUGUAGUAUUACUGUAAAGUGGGAGGACUCGUGAAACUUUUAUCAUAGAGCAGCCAUCUUUUGGUUAAAGUUUAGACUGCACUCCAGUAUUCCUAUGGCAUAACAUUCAUCCUUGAUUUCAUAUUUUAAGUGCUUACAUUAAACUGUUCACUCUAGUGCUGGGUUUUGUAGGCCUAUUGAAACAUUCAUCACAGAAUGGCCAUUUUAACUUAUCUGAAGGUCAUUAUCCUGCUUCGUACUAAUUGGAUCAAAUGCAUUAUAUUAUAUUUCGCAUGAUUUGAAUUAGAACAGGUUGGUCCUUACUCGGAAUUAAAGACGGUGUCCUAUAUUAUGAAUAAAGUAUUCAUUCAAACAUCAGUCUAAUAUAGAAUGUACAAUAUAAUCAUCAUGAAUGCUUGCUCCUGUAUUUCCAUUACAAUUUAUACACUGACAUUGCAGAGUAUUUACUGAUGGGUUAGGUUCGAGUGUUUGGUGCAACUUUUGUUUGGAAUUUUCAGCUCUAUUCAUGUGACUGAUAAUGACAGUUAAGUUUUUUGUCAGGUUGUCAUAUAUUUCAAUUCUGUGAGUGACUUGUAAUCUGACAGGAUAAAAGCAAUUCUGUGAUGCUCUAUGAACUAAAUCUUGUUAUGAGGCUUAGGGAUUGCAGUAAAAAGGAUUUGAACCCAGGACCCUGAGAUCAAGCAUCUUAACCUGUGAGCUACAUUUAUGUUUUAUUGGUCACCAAAUCUAAGAAUUUCAUAUCUUUUAAAUCCCAUUUAUUCGGCAUUACAUUAAAAUUUACAGAAGUACAAAAAUAUAUCAAAAUACAAAAAUACAAUAGAGAAAAAUGUCAUAAAAAUUAAUAAAAACCACAAAUUCAAAAAAACAAACAAAAAGUUAUAAAAAUCAUCAAUAAUAAAUUUGAGUUACCUUGAACAUCAUAUACCACUUUAAAAAAAUUGAGGUUUCAGUAUUGUUUAAUAUUUUAAUUUUUCUUGCACUGAUUUUUCAGAUGGUCCAAAUAGCUUCUGUAAAGUUUGUUGGUUGUGUUUAAUUCUCUUGGCGUGGAAACAGACCAGCAGUUGUUUAGUGUUGGCUCAUGAAUAAUUCAUUGGCGAAAAGUAUUAUAUUACUGUAAGACAUUUGUUGUAAAUGUAAAAAGGAUGACAACAGGGAUGGUAACACUGAUUGGAUGUGUGCUGUAUUGGUAGACAGUAAUGUGGGUUGGUUUACAAAACAAUCUAUGAAGCAUGGAAAUGCACCUAUUUAUGCUGUAGAGUAUACACAUUUUGUUAUGGUCUUAAUGGCUACACAUGUUUAACAGGUAAUUGUUUUGUAUACAACAGGAGAUCAAUUUGGGGAGAAAAACACUUUGUCGGGUAGAAAAAAAAAAUAUAUGUAGUUUUUACAUACUAUAUUAGUAGAUUCUAAAAUUGAUUAAAUAAUCCUUUGAUAGCCCUAAAUUAUCAUAGUUUCUAGCAGCCACAUCCCUGGAUCACUUCUGAGAGAGUCCACCCUUAUUUAUGGAAGUGUAUGAAUAUUAGUCUGAGAAACACAAAUUUCUAUUACACACAUUUGUUUCUAAAUUGAAAUUAAUUAUUGUUGAGAUUGGAAAAUGAGAGUUAAAUACAGGCUGUGACUAUUCAAAUCAAAUAUUAAAAUGAUUUUUGCUGUCAAAUCUAAAUUGGGGGGGGGGGAGCCCUCUUAAAAGUUGAAAUCAGCUGUUGUAGAAAUAACACCCUCAUAAGGAUGUCUGUGGAUCCAUUGCUGCCUUGUGAUGGAUACUGUAUGUGUUUAAUAAUGCUACUUACCUUUGGAAUGGUUGAAAUACAAAUAGCCCCUUGUAAAUUUUUAAUUUAUUUUACUGCCAUUUUGAUAAUAAAUUUUAUGUACUGCCUUUUGUGGAAAAUUUUAUUUUUAAGAGAUUUCAGUAUUUAAAGUGUUGUUUGAACCUGUUCCCUGUUUGAUAUAGUGGAGAAAUAAAUAGAAAUAUUAAAAUGUCAGGUAUUAUAGAAUUUUUUACCCAUAUCUAAUUUUUGCCUAUAUUUAUAUAAAGAAUAAACUUAUUUACAUUUUUUCUGUUCUUUGAAACAUUGGUAUAGAAAUUGAAAUUUUUAUUAUCUUCACUGUAUUAUUUUAAAAUAAAUGCAAUUAAUCUAAAUGAAUUAAAUUUAUUAAUUUUUUUUUUACUUAGAAAGUUUAUUCAUCUGGGAAUAAAAUUGUGAAUUUUAAAAAAUGAAUUUGUUGGGCAAAGUUUUAAAAUAAAUAAUGUGAGCGGUCCUUUCAAGUUGCCUUGGUUUCAUCCUGCAUCCAACGUGGCUUGGAUUUUUUUAAUAUAUAAAGUUAAUAAAUAAUAUAAAUUGCCUUCAAUUAUUGUACAUCUUGAUUUUGAGCUUAAAUAUUAUAUUUAAACAACUGUUUAAAUUGUUACCACACUUAAAAUGUGAUCCGUUUCUCAUCAUUUUUAAGAGAAUGCUAAACACUGAAAACCAAAUGUCAUGAUGUGUUAUUCACGACAAUAAAUUUGAAUCUGAAUCUGGGAUGCCCUACCUCCCAAAAGAGUGCGUAAUGAAAUGAUGAAUGUUGUCAUUUUGAGAUAAUUUUUUUGUCAUGUUCAUAAAAAGAUCACGUACACUGUUUACCCUUCCCUGCCCCAGUGUUUUUUAUUUUUCAACUUAACCAAAAUGCAAAAAGGUUUAAAAUCACUAAUGAAGAUGUUUCAUUCUUAUAAUGUUAACAGUGACUUGCUUUGUCUCUGUAGUUUCUAGAUACAAGCAUUUGAAAAUAUACUAUUUAUGAUGAGCUAAAAAACAAAAUUUAGAAUUCAGAUGGCUUACUUUUUAUAUUUAAGUAAGUUGUUAACUUUCAUUUAACCAUAAAUUGGAGGGUAGACAGUUAAUCACUGGGAGUUAACCACUUGUUUUUAAUAGCUUCUUAGAUGAGCUCAACAUUUUUAUUGAAAUUUUAAGGUUUUUCAUAUUACAGUGGUGUAUUUUUAGUUUAUGGUGGUGUUUUAAACCCAUUUUGUUUUUGUUAUAAAUAACAUGGUAUUUUCAAACCAACCAAAAUAAUGCUAAAGGUUUUAAAACAAAAUGAAUAACUACUCAAGUAGUAAUCAUGCCACUUUUAUAAUGAAAUAAUUGUUUAAAUGUUAAAUGUUGUUUUCUACCUUUUUAUAUAUUAUUGGAUUUAGGCCUUUAUUUUUUUGUGUGUUUUGACAGGCAUGUUCAGGUAUAGGGAUUUUUGGGAACGACUUAUUGUAACCAUGGAGAGAUUAAUCCUUCCAUGCUGUAACCCAAUUGUCUUUUCCACGUCCCUUUCUUACUUUUCUUUUUUUAAAUUAGCACUUAGUUGUAAAACAGGGUUAGCAAAAAACUUAAUAGUUGAAAACAAAGGGUAAAGAAAAAUUAUUAUUAAGUAGACUAGCAAGUUCACCAAAGGACCUAUUUCUGUUUUAUCAGCCGUGUUCCAGAGUAUUAAGAAUAUGAAUUUUCGGGUGAAAAAAUAUUUUUUUUUAAAUUUUAAAUCAAGUUUUCGUCCAUGUUUUUUUAAUCCUGCAAUAUGAUCAAGUAUAAAAUGUAAAUCAUUUAAGCUUAAUUCUUAUACAUGUAAACAUCCCUAGUAUUCCAUGGCAAUAUUUGAUUGUGUUUGGUAAUAAUACAUUAUCCCACUUUAUAAAAAUUUGUUUUGGAUACAUGUGUGCAACAUAUUUUGUUUAAUGAUUCUGUAUUUUGUAAAAAGAAUGUCAAUCAUAGUGUUCAUAUGUUCUGAAAUGGACAAUUAAUGUAAAUAAGUAAUUAACUUCUAUAGUUGACAACAUUGUGUUUGUUACCCUCUGUAAUUAAUUUGAAAUGAAGAUUGAAUAAUUGUUGCAUUAUUAUUAUUAUCAUCAUCCCAGACAUGUAGAAGACAAAAGCAACAGUAAUUCAGGUUGAUGAUUCAAAAGUUACCAUAUAUUAUGUAUUCGUUUUUAUGACCAUAGAAGUACAGUCAUUUUAUUUUUAUUUUAUUUCAAAAACAAUUUUUAUGUUUGGAAUAUUUUGUUUGUUGCACUCUAUGCAUCUUCAUUCCAUUAUUAUUACCUUUAUUUAAAACAUAUUUUAGUUACAUAUGUAUAUUUCAUGUUUAUUUCUAUGUUGAUUCUUAUACCCGAUUCACACGUGGCUGUAUGUAACACAGGAUGAUUUCAUUAAUAGGAAGCUUUCGAUCUGCACGACGAUCUGACACUAGAACAGAUUCACUCAUGUGUGGCGUUCCAGGCAACGAGAACAAUUUAAUGUUCUCUCGUGCGCAGUGAUGUCAUUGCGUUCUACGUCCUACUGCGCCGUGCAAUCAAAAGCUUCCUAAUGUCUCGGAAAGUCCUUGUAAUAUUUGGAAUGCGUUCUGUGUAACGUUUUGUCUCAUGAAUCUGGUUAGCUAAUAAAUAGGCUAAAAAUCAUUUCAACAUGUAAUCUUGAUUUCAGAACAAUUCAUAAAAACUAGUUUAUUUAAUCAACAAAUUCCAUACAAGCAUAUUUAAUUUUUCCUUUAUCAUAAACAUUGUUAUAUAAAGUGUGUUUUUAUGUACAGUAUCUUAAGUUCAAACUGAAAAAGUCAUGAAUAGAGAAUUGCAUGCGUUAGUGGUAAUUAGAGCAGUAGUUCAAAUAAAACUGUGCUAGUCGUAGGAAAUAGUUACCAAAUUUGUAGUUAUAGGUUAUGUUUUGUGUUAUUUAUUUUAUAAAUAAUUAUGAAUUAUUUUA